CAAUGUCUAGUAGUCUAAAAACAAAUGUUAGCAAUUUUGCAGACAAAUCGUGGUGUAACUGCGUGCCACAAGAUUUUGCGUAAAUCAGUGCAGUGCAGAACCAUAACAACACAUAGUAUGGCAGAUAAAACGAUAGAUUACACGAAGAGUACUCUUGAGAGUAAGACACCGUUCCUAAUAGGCGUUGCAGGCGGCACGGCUAGUGGCAAGUCAACAGUAUGUCAACGCAUCAUGGAGAAGCUUGGGCAACAGCACAAAGAGCAGACAGAACGCCGAGUGGUGUGCGUCAGCCAGGACUCCUUCUACCGCACUCUCAGUCCGUCAGAAAGGCUCCGAGCUGAACGUGGUCAGUUCAACUUCGAUCACCCGGACGCGUUUGAUGACAAGAAGCUGUUAGCGGUGCUCAAAGAUAUCCUCGCUGGAAAAAAAGUUGAAGUUCCUGAAUAUGACUACAUCACAAAUUCUAUUCAUCCACACCGCUCACACACAAUCUACCCCGCAGAUGUGGUCCUGAUCGAGGGCAUCCUCGUGUUCUACUUCCCAGAGAUACGGGAGCGGUUCCACAUGAAGCUGUUUGUUGACACAGACUCUGACACCCGGCUAGCAAGGCGAGUGCCCCGCGACAUAAUGGAGCGUGGCCGAGACUUGGAACAGGUGUUGAACCAGUACAUGAACUUCGUGAAGCCGGCUUUCGAAGAAUUCUGUCUGCCGACUAAAAAGUUCGCAGACGUCAUCAUUCCACGAGGCGCUGACAACUUGGUGGCUAUAGACUUAAUCGUGCACCAUAUUUGGGACAUAAUGUAUAAGAAGAGAAGUUCGCCGGAGAAGAAUUUGACAAAUGGAGUGUGCAACGGAACGCACGAGGACGAAGCCACCAAUGGUAGGAGGAUGUCGGGCAGUUCCGAAGACACGCUGAGUCGAUAGUCUAUGGAAUUGAUUUGUGAUAUCAUCGUAAACUGACUGCAAUUGGUAAACUUAUCUCACUCUAAAAAAACCUACUUAAAUACUUAUUUUAUAACACACUAGCAGCUGACGCGUGCGUGUCUUGAAGUUUGGAGAUUUUAUCCAAUCUGUGUGCGCAGUGCGACUUUGCUAUUUACAUCUUACCGAGUCGACUCGCAGUGAGACGCAGCUAACCAAUCACAGUGCGCCGUUGUGACACGACGACAACCACACCACAAUAUGAUUGGUUCGCUCUCACUUCACUCUUCUCUCACUUCGAAUCAAUUCGACAGUGAGAAGUGAAAUUCAAACCCGCAGUUCGCCCUCUGUUCUUAAAACUGUGGACUGAAGGUGCAGUGACAGCAUCCUCAUUGAGUUUGAUCCAGUCUCGAAUCACUUGUCUCAUAGUAUUUUUUUUUACAGUUGUACGCCAAAUUUAAACCAGUCACUUAUUAUGUUGAGGUUGGUCCGUAGAAGUUUAAAACACAGGUUCCAAGCGAACCUGGGUUUUUACCUUAUACGGACCAAUGCGCGGCCGCAGCGGUCGGAACGCUCUGAACCAACCGCCGCCGUAUCUUAAUUGUGAGAAAACAUUCAUAAUAAAAUUGGGAUCACUCCAAAUUGUAUUAUAUAUUACUGUAACGUAACAAAAAUUACCUCCACUUUCACUAGCGCCAUCUAGCGGAGAAUAAAAACAUUGAAAUUUUAUACCGACGAAUGUAUAUCUAUCUCUUUUUAGCAUCAUGGUGAUAAAUAGAGAUAGAAUAACUUUUUUUGGUGUUCGCUAGUAAUGAAUCUAUUUUUAAAAAGUUUGUCUUUUCCCAUUGCGUCAGUUUUGCGAUUGACAUCAUGUCUAUGCCCCAGUGUCUAUGUCCAGACGAAAACGCUGCAGAUAUAUACAUAUUAUGUAUAGCGUACAUUGUAGUAUAUGCGAAUUUUAUACACGAUGUAUUUUCAUUGUCAUAAUUAAGUAUAUGUUUAAGUAUGUUUAGUAUUGUGCCGGAUACACACUAUCGCCGAAUCAGAUGCCAACGCGAAUCGACGUCGAAUUUGUGCGGGAGCUUUUAUUUACUGCAAUUAAAACAGCGACCAAUGUAUGCCAAACACGCCAAAGUUAGGUGAACUGUUUCGCGUCAAUGUAUAGCCGGCAUUAGAUCUUAGUACGAACCAUUUGGUUUUUUUUUUUUGGUGCGGCUGACGUUUCGCGUGAUGUUACAAUUAAGGCCCGUGCACACCUAAUUUAUUUGCAGCACUUUUGAAUGGUAACGCUUGUGUGUACACGUGCGUUAUAAUUCCAUGCAUAAAAUGAUCAAUAAUUUUAUUAAUUAAUUUGAUAUUAAUUUUGUUUUAAUCCUAAUUCCUAAUCCUAAUUUGAUAUUAAAUUUGUGUUUGUAACUAUGUAUUUUCCUGCCGGUUGAUCGGAAGAGAUGAUGAGGUCCAUUGGAUAACUCCGUCAUUGCUGCAGUGUUUUUUCUGUUUCUCGUGUGUUUUCUUAUCAUUAAAUUUGAAAUAAACAAUUUUGCGAUGCGCGUUCGGUGUGCACUAGCCUUUACCUGUCGUCGCCUUCAAGCUGACCGACCUGGUUUAAGUGUUAUUUUUUUAUUUUAACGCCCAAAGUACGAGAUUUAAGUAUAUUACGUUAUUUACAAAUUGAAUAUUGUAAUGAUGGAAAUAUUAUCGUACGAUUGGUCCACUGUGUAGUAGAUAAGUGACAUAUUUUUUGACUUCUUCGAUAAGGGAUGUUGACUGAUUCUGAAUUUAUUAAAUUGCACAACAAAAUAUGGAAAUAGUUUUAGUACUGUAUGGAAAAUUUAAAUCGAAAUGAAAGCCGGUAAAAUUCUGUGGAGUUAUUAGAUCUCAAAAACUUUACUAACAAAAUCUCAAGAAAUACACCCGAAAACUAAAUCAUUGUUGAUGCAAGCAAAUAUGUUUGGAAGCGAUAUUUUUGUGUAGACGAUUUUGUUGAAUGUUAACAUGUUUUUGUUGAUUGUGUAUCGAAUUUGAAUGUUUAAUUAACAUAUUUAAACUUGUAUCAGUGUUUGUAAGGCAUUCUCGUGUUGAAAUACACAGCACAGCAUUUCUAUCUUAUCAUAUCGAUUUCUGUGGGAUUUACAUUAUUUUGGCUUGGUAUAUAGGUUUUAUUUUUAUUCCAUUUGAUAAUGCAACUUCAUUGAUAGUGGAAGUGCAAUUCAGUUUCACAUGAACACUCAACAAUGAAAUACCAUUAGUGAACAGCUAUACUAUGUGUGAUUCCUAUUUUGUAUAUUAUUAGGUAAAAGCGUACCUAUUCUUUUAUUUUAAUGUUAAUAAGAUUUAGUUUCUUUAGGAAUAAGCAUUUUUGUCUAAGACUCUAAUUACACACGGAGAAAUUGUAAAUGUCUUUACGAAUGUUCGCAAUAUUAUGUGAAACAUGCUGAGAAAUAACAAAAGAUUUGAAAAAUAAUUACUUCGGUAAUUUAUCAAAGUGUGUCGCUUAUAAUUUCCCUGUGUGUAGCUUCUUAUUAUAAGGCUGACGAACCCAAGUACGUAGCGUAAGAUUUUGUAUUCAUAGACCGAGUUCCAGAGCGACAAAUUACACCUAUUUUUGACCAUUAGGGUUCCCGCUGCGUGACGCAAUGUCGCUCGUAUUCGGCCUGCCUAAAGCUGUGGUGGCUAAAUAGUAGGUUUGGAGCUCAACUUGCUUCUGCAAGACAGAUUCUAAUCUCAGUUGAGCUAACUCAGCAUAUAGUGUACAACCAUUGCCGUUAGAUGGCGUUAUGUCAUGUUUUUAGAUGCAAUUAAUAAAAUAUGACACCAAUAAUAACAGACGAUAAGAAAAAACUUUUUGAGUCACAUACAGUAAUUAAAUGGGACAGAAAUAGACGACUCGUUCAUCACUUUCGCACGUUAUAACGUUUCGGGUUAUAACAACGUGUCACGCAGCGGUCGCCCUUAAAACUAGUAGCACAAUAUUUUUGUAUAACAUUUAAUGCCUGUUGAAAUAUAUUUAAUCAAGAGUAUAAUAUAGUUUUUGCGUAUUUAUAUCACUUAUUUUGUUUAUAAUAUGUACAAGUCUGAGCAUUAUAUAUUUUGAACCCAUAAGCUUCCAAUUAUGCAUUUUCUAUAUACAUAAUAUAACGCACAAAAUAUUAUAGAACGUGUCAGCCAACCACAAACACGCUAGCCGCGUGAUCGUAACACGCCAUGCCAUAUUUCAUCUAUGAUGGCGUCGCAAGUAUAUAAAAUAAAUUACUAUGAAAAUUAUUUCCGAAUUUCCUUAAUAUUGUUAUAUAAAUUAGUUUAUUAUUUUUGAAGAUUUGACUUGAAUAUUGACACCUUUAAUUGCCAAUUGCGUAUUUAUAAUAGGUUGGUAUGCGAUCAUUUUAAUUCCAUUUGUAUAGUGAUCCUAGACUGAGUUCAUCGUAACGAAAGACUUUUAAAAUUGUCCUCAUGUCAAAUAUCAGUAGAAAAAGGUAGAACUCUCAUGAAAAGUUAUUUAUUUCUUGUCGAAAUUGAAAUUUUAUUUAUUCAUUUAUUUGAAUAAUACAAUUUGUUUAUAUGUGUCUGACAAAAUGACAAAACUAACGUAAUUGAAGUUUUUUUUUAUGUAAUUGAAAUUAUAGUUAUUUGCAUGUGAUAAAUCUAAUGGUUAAAUAAUUAUUAUUAAAAUUAGAACUAGGCAGAGUUAUUAGUACAUAUGAUUAUAUUUUCACAAAGAAUAUUGUUCUGAACCUCCUUGUAGAAAGGAGAUAAUAUGUAUUUUAAGUAUUGUAUGUCUUAUAAUUUGAAAUAUUACGAGCUAUUGAGGUAAUUUUGAUCUGGUAUACGAGUGGAGAAAGCCCCAACUACUACUGAUGUAUAUAAACAUAUGUAACUUUGUUAUUGUAUAUUUGCAUACGUACAAUAUAUUUACAUACCUAAGCUUUAAGUAGUAAUCAAUAUUUGUAGUCCAUUGUCCGUUCUAUAUUGUUUUCCGUUCUUUUGAUAUUGUGAUAACUACGUACUUGUAUGUGCUGUUUUUGAUUUUACAAAUAUUUGUUUUGCAAAAAAUCCAAACAAGAUUAAAAUUAUCGUUGCAUUUUGGAUACUAUAUGUUGUUUUAUGUACUCUCCUAUAAGCAACUUGUGUAUAAUUUAUUAAGAGAAUAAAGUGUUAGCAUCCUU